AGUUUUUUUUGCAAAGAGCCUCGAGAUCUCCGAAUUGAAUGCUCAAAUCUAGCCUUUGCGCUUGAAUCAGCUGAACUGCACUAAUCGUUGCUGGUUGAGCAACAAGUCUUUUUUUGCAAAGAGCCUCGAGAUCUCCGAAUUGAAUGCUCAAAUCUAGCCUUUGCGCUUGAAUCAGCUGAACUGCGCCAAUCGUUGCUGGUUGAACAACAAGUUCUCUUUACCGAGCUCGUCGUUGUCGAGAUGUCGUCACUCUUAAGGCGGUUCGCGACCAGCUUUGUCACCAUUAUGACCGGUAUAGUACAGCGCCCACCAACGAGGUUUAUCGUGGCAAUUAUUGAAGAGCUAAGACAAGUCGCUCGGGCGACGUCCACCGGGGAUCUUGGCCCAAAGGUCACGGAACGUUCGAUGGAAACCGAACAAACUCGGGUAGCGGACGCCGCAACCGACACAAGGGAAGGUGAAAUUCAAGAAAAGAGAAGAGCCCAAACACGACGACUGAAAAGCGCGGUUGCACUGCUGAUUUGUCUGCUGGUUUUGGCCAUAGCGAUUCUCGGAAUCAUCACAUUGACUGUUGAGUCUGGAAUACCUAUUGUACCACCUGAAGAGAACACUACGCAAAGUGAUGAUUUGCCAUCAUCGACUACAGGAGAUGGCUUGGUACCUACGCCGUAUGAUUUACGAUCAUCGACAACAGGAGAUGGAUUGGUACCUUCGCCGUAUGCAACUAGCCCUACCUCUAGGACGACUCCCAGUUCCACCGCGACUACCAGUGGCCCUAUGACCAGUACUGCCAGUACGACAGCCCCUCCUCCCAAGCAUGAUUUCAUCAUGUGCAGCGUCUUGACUGAUUUAAAAGACUGGAUACCAGCCCAGUGUGACAUUCUGUUCGUCGUUGUACGAGCUACAACAACCGGAAUCACGUAUGCUGGUGGAAGAGCGAAGGGAUUCAACAAAUUGAUAAGAAGUUUGAGGGCGUCGAACCGUACGCAAUUGGGAAUGGACUUUUCGUUUUCACGUAUUACUCAAUCAUCAACAAACCUGGCCAAGCAAAAUGCGAUGGAUGCAAUGUAUAAGGUUGGGGCGACAUUAAGUGGUGUCUUGGCGGCGGAGAUUGACGCUGACUGGAGCAGUACAGAUCGUGCGAUCGUGAACGUUCUCAAGCUGACACGGAUAGUCGAAGACGAAGGACCCGCCAUUGGAUUGACGUUGAGAGACGGCUGUAACAUCAGGGAUGCCAGAGUCAUUGAAAAUCUCAUUCGUCUUCUUAGGCACGUACGCCCCUCCUUCAUCGUUUAUGGCACCUCACUGGUACCGACUCGCAGCAAGAGCUGCACGGUGAGGGCACCGUCACCAUGGGAAGGGCCAGCACCCUCUUUUAAAACGGCGUUCGAGCUGAUCGACGCGACACCAUCGACCAUCAGGGCGAUCAAGUUAUUGACGCUGACCCCAGCUCUCAUUUCUUACAAUUUAGCACACGGCGGUGACAGCAUAGGGUCAAAAUGCAAGAAGAUGAGUUUCCACGGAUACAACCAAUGGUGUCAUGUGCCGAGUAGUGAGAUUCAGCAUGAGGGGACCAUUGCGUUCCAAAGGCAGUGGGCCACUGUAACUUUGAUCACGGUGGACGACCUCGACACUCUGAAGACAAAGAUAUGCAUGGCAAACGCAAGAAUACAUGGCUACUGGGCGGUCACGCAUAUCGAAUUGGCUGAAGGCUAUUGCGGUGCAACAAACUCAACCUUUGUUGACACCGUUCGUGAAAUCACAGCUACGUGCGCAACCACGUAAUUGCAUUCGCAUAGGAGGAAGGACGGACGUACCUUGGAAAAUGUGCAGCGUUUGAGUUGUGUGGGGGAGGAGUCCUAAUAAAACUUCAUCAGCA